AUGUCCAACAACGUUGCCUUCACAGCCCCAAUCAACCCACCGGGCUCAACAACCAUAAUCACCCCAGACCAAGUCUGGAACGGACUCCUCCUCAAGAUCCGCUCCGCAGAGACCUUUGUGCCAGCAGCCAUCGAGUCCACCGAGGUCAUCAGCGAGACCGUCGAUUCUUCUGGCAACCCUCACACCAUCCGCGAAGUCCGAUUCCGCGAGACACAAAAGGUGGUCCGGGAGGCUGUCACGGCCUUCGAAGCCACAAGGGUUGAAUUCGAGCAGCCCGAUGGAAGCAAGAUUAGCAAUGUGCUGAGCACUGGAGCUGGGGGUGAGCUUUACAUGACAUAUGUUUUUGAGUGGAGACAUCCUGGUGCGUCGAAGGAAGAGUUGGCGACGCUAUACGAGAAGGAGAAGAAAAUGAGUCAAAUGGCGGUUGAGGGGACGAUUAAGGCUUUGAGGGAAUUGGUGGAAGCGAAGAAACUCUGA